AUGUCCUCCGAAUCCCGGCUCUACACCUUCUCCCAGGAAACCAAAGACCACCUGCGGAAAUUCCGCCUGGGAACUUCUCGCUCGAAUGAUCCGCAAGCCGUGAUUUAUUUUAUUGACAAGAAUACCUUGGAAAUCAAGCAAGAUGAGGAUCAGACGGUGUACAAAGACUUGCAGGAUAUUGCAGAAGAACUGCCAGACCACUCUCCCCGAUUCGUGUUGCUGAGUUAUCCGUUGACACUGCCUUCCGGACGUCUAUCAGUGCCAUACGUGCUCCUCUAUUAUCUUCCGGUAACCUGCAAUGCCGAAUUAAGGAUGCUUUAUGCCGGGGCCAAGGAGCUAAUGAGAAACACUGCCGAGGUGGGGAAAGUUCUUGAGAUUGAUUCUGCAGACGAUCUAGAAGAGCUGCCGAAGAAGCUGGGCGCUGAAUAA